AUGAAAAUCCAUUUAGGAAAACAAGAGGAGAGCAAUAAAUUACCUUGUGAAGUAAUAAAUGUGUCACCUGGCUACCGCUUCGUUCAGAAUAGGGAGCAGAUUUCCGUCACCUUGGGAGAUGAGAUGUCUGAUAGGAAAAAGCAUUCAGAAUCAGAGAACAUGGGCAAAGUCAGGAUUUCCAGGACUGCUAUCAUUACUGACCUAGAAGAACAGAUCUCAGAGCUGACAGCGAUAAUAGAGCAAAUGAACAGAGACCAUUGUUCUGCCCAAACACUGCUCUCCAAUGACAUGGAUCUCCGCUGUGCUGAGAUGCAGAAGAACUUUGAAAGCAAGAGGAGGUAUUUCGAGGAGACUCCCGCAGCACAGUUCAGUGAGCUGGAGAAAAACUACAAAGCAGCCUUGAAGGCAGAGAAGUUGGCUGCCCAGGAUAAACUAGGUACGGUUGGGACCUGGGAGAAUGACCCUGAUGAGGGGGUGGAGGCUGACCCUGCAGAUCCAGGACAGAGGAACUCCUACGGCCAUGGGUGGACUCUGGCUAGGCUUUCGAGGUUUCCUUCUCCAGCUCAGGAAGAGCAAGAGCUCUUAAAACAACACGAAAGGGACACCUUGCAAUUAGAGGAGCUGAGAAAGACCAAAGAGGUCAUAGAGGAAGAGUUGCAUGCUCAAGCUCUUAUCCUAGAAUCACUUAACACAACCCUCUACCAAACCCAGAUGGAACUCCAGAGAGAAGUGACUAUGGUGGCAAAUCUGGAGAAAACACUCCAGACCAAGCUUGCUGAAGCGGAAGAAAAUUUUAAAUAUACCAUACAGCACCUGACAGAAGAAAACAUUCAUCUAAGGUAUGAAUGAUGCUGCUCAAAAAGACGUAGCUGAGUUAUCUUUAGAAAGUGGAAGGGAUGGGAAUUCCCUGGCGAUCUAGUGGUUAGGACUCUGCACUUCUGCAGGGGCCCUGGGUUCGAUUCCUGGUCGGGGAACUAAGACCCCGAAAGCUGUGUGGCAUUGGGUGAGGAAUAGGUGAAAAUGAAUCUAGGUAUCCCCUCAUGAAAUCAAAGCACAGGCAGUGUCAGGAGGGGGAUAUGCUGGCCACAGAAGUUAUCUACUGAGGUCAUUUCAUUUGAAGUGAUGCUGGGAGACUCCUCUCCCUUUCCUAUCUUAGUUUUUUAUGCAAGACAACACAGGAGGUUUAUCUGAGAGUCUCUGGGUUUAUUCAGUUUUAUGACUGAGAAUUAUUGUUAAAUCCAAGGCCUUGAGCCUUGUGAUCUUCUAUUAUAG